AUGAGUGACCCGUCCAACCCCAACAUCCAGAAAAGGUCGACCCCUCAAUGGGCUCUGUACCAGAGGGAGAACUUCUGGAAACAGAACGAGGGCAACUGGCCCCCGUUCAAUACCGACAAACGCACGUUUCUCACAGAUCCCAAAGCGCUCGAAGAGAAGGCUCGAAUGUCGACGACGCAUCUCGCCAACCGUCAAGCCUUCUACCGCCAUCGCAUCAUCCCGCGCAUGCUCGUCGACACCAACCUCCGGGACACCACGACGGAGAUCUGGGGCCACAAGGUCUCCGCCCCCAUUGGGUUUGCCCCCAUCGGCAUCAACAAGAUCUACAACGACCAGGCCGAAGUGCCCGUCGCAAAGGUGGCGGGCGAGCUCAACCUGCCGUACUGCCUCUCCACCGCAGGCAGCACCCCGAUCGAGAAGGUCGGAGAGGCCAAUGGCAAGGGCCCCCGCUUCUUCCAGCUGUAUAUGCCGCACGACGACGAGCUGACGCUGUCGCUGCUCAACCGGGCCUGGAACUCGGGCUUUGACGCCCUCAUCCUCACCGUCGACACCUGGCAGCUGGGCUGGCGUCACGACGACGUCGCCAACUCCAACUAUGCAUUCUACCGCGGCAUCGGGGCGGAUCUCGGUCUGUCAGACCCUGUUUUCCAGAAACGCUGCGCGGAAAAGGGGAUCGAUAUCAAGAAGGACCCCGUGGCCGCGUCCACGCUGUGGAUCGACAGCAUCUGGCACGGACGCGCCUGGUCGUGGGAGAAGAUCCCCUGGCUGAUCCGCGAGUGGAAGCGCAUCUCGGGAGGACGGCCGUUCGCUCUCAAGGGCAUCCAGUCCGUUGCUGACGCAAAGAAGGCGGUGGAGUAUGGCGUCGACGGAAUCGUCGUGAGCAACCAUGCAGGGAGACAGGUCGACGGUGCCAUCGCCAGUCUGGACGCGCUGGAGAACAUCGUCAAUGCGGUCGGCGACAAGAUCUAUAUCAUGUUCGAUUCAGGAGUCCGGGGCGCCGCCGACGUCGUCAAGGCUCUCGCGUUGGGCGCCAAGUUCGUCUUCGUCGGCCGGCUGUGGGUGUGGGGUCUGAGCAUCAUGGGCGAGGAGGGCGUUCGCCAUGUCAUGAAGUCUCUGCUGGCAGACCUGGACAUUCUCAUGGCUGUUGGCGGUUUCAACAGCGUGAAGGACUUUGACCGGUCUAUUCUCGAGUCAUACCCAAAGUCAUACUCGCUUAUUGCUGAAAAGUCAGCAAUCUGA